CAAUCCAUUAUUAAAAGAUAUCUAUUGAUAAAAUUGUCGAAAUAUGGGUAAACAUUUUGGAGAUUUAGCAUUUGUUCGGGGUAUUGUUUAUUAUGCUUUAUCACCUCACGAACAAAAACCAUUCGCUGGGGCAUUUAAAGAUGGAAUACCUAACAUGUUUGCAAGAUUUAGACAAAGCGGCUGGACUUGGUUGCCUGUGUUUCUAACGGGUAUUGGAACUUAUUACUGCGUUGAAGCGUCGCACAAGGCAGGACAGAAGAAAAACCCCAAUGAUUUCAUUAACGAAGUUGAUCCAAAUGCUUAAUAUAUAAUAAAUGCUAUUUGUACCGUG